AUGGCCCCGCAGGGCAGGUGGCUGCGAGCCGGCGCCUGGCUGCUGGCCUGGGCGGCUGCGUGCGGGGUGCGGGCCACCGGCUGCCCCGCGCUCUGCACCUGCAGCGGCACCACCGUGGACUGUCACGGCACCGGGCUCCGGGGCGUCCCCAAAAACAUCCCCCGCAACACGGAGCGAUUGGAGCUGAACGGGAACAACAUCACCCGGAUCAACAGGAACGACUUCUCGGGGUUGAAGCAGCUGCGUGUCCUGCAGCUGAUGGAAAACCAGAUCAACACGGUGGAGCGGGGAGCGUUUGACGACAUGAAGGAGCUGGAGCGGCUACGGCUGAAUCGGAACCAGCUGCACACACUGCCGGAGCUUCUGUUCCAGAACAACCAGGCCCUGUCGCGACUGGACCUGAGCGAGAACCUCCUCCAGGCCGUGCCGAGGAAAGCCUUCCGCGGAGCCACCGACCUGAAGAACCUGCAGCUGGACAAGAACCAGAUCGGCUGUAUCGAGGACGGGGCCUUCCGCGCGCUGCGGGGCCUGGAGGUUCUAGCGGCCAAAGAGCAGUACUUUAUCCCAGGCGCGGAGGAUCACCAGCUGAACAGCGAGUGCAGCAGCGACGUGACCUGCCCCCCGAAGUGCCGCUGCGAGGCCAACGUGGUGGAAUGCUCCAACCUGAAACUCACCAAGCUCCCGGAGCGCAUCCCACAGGCCACGGCAGAGCUGAACCUGCUGGCCAACCCCUUCGACUGUAACUGCCGGCUGGCCUGGCUGGGCGACUGGCUGCGGAGGAGGAAGAUCGUCACGGGGAACCCGCGCUGCCAGAACCCCGACUUCCUGCGGCAGAUCCCGCUCCAGGACGUGGCCUUCCCCGACUUCAGGUGUGAGGAAGGCCAGGAGGAGACAGGGUGCGUCCCACGGCCACAGUGCCCUCAGGAGUGCACCUGCCUGGACACGGUCGUUCGCUGCAGCAACAAACACCUCAAGUCGCUGCCCAAGGGGAUCCCAAAGAACGUCACUGAGCUUUACCUGGACGGCAAUCAGUUCACGCUGGUCCCCGGAGAGCUCUCCUCCUUCCGAUCCCUGCAGCUGGUUGACCUGAGCAACAACAAGAUCAGCUCCCUGAGCAACUCCUCCUUCACCAACAUGAGCCAGCUCACCACCCUGAUCCUCAGCUACAACGCCCUGCAGUGCAUCCCCCCGCUGGCCUUCGAAGGGCUCCGGGCGCUCCGGCUGCUGUCUCUGCACGGCAACGACAUCUCCAGCCUGCCAGAGGGCAUCUUCGCCGACGUCACCUCCUUGUCCCACCUCGCCAUCGGGGCCAACCCCCUGUACUGCGACUGCCACCUGCGCUGGCUCUCGGGCUGGGUCAAAACAAGCUACAAGGAGCCUGGCAUCGCCCGCUGCGCCGGCCCGCCCGACAUGGAAGGCAAGCUGCUACUCACCACCCCGGCCAAGAAGUUUGAGUGCCAAGGUCCGCCGGCCCUGAGCAUCCAGGCCAAGUGUGACCCCUGCCUCUCCAGCCCGUGCCAGAACCAAGGCACCUGCCACAGUGACCCGCUGGCCGCCUACCGCUGCACCUGCCCCAGCGGGUACAAGGGCAAAGACUGCGAGGAGCCCGUGGACAGCUGCUCCAGCAGCCCCUGUGCCAACGGCGGGACCUGCCAGCCCCCGGAGCGGGAGGGGGCCGGGUUCACGUGCCUUUGUGCAGCAGGAUUCGAGGGGCCGACCUGCAGCGCCAUCACCGACGCCUGUCAGGACCAGGCCUGUGCCAACGGGGGCACCUGCGUGCCUGGGCUCGGAAACGCCACCUGUCUGUGCCAGCCCCACUACACAGGACGGGCCUGCGAGGAACUGCUGGAUCUCUGCUCCGUGGAGCUCAGCCCCUGCCCGCACGGUGCCCAGUGCGUCGUCACCGCCGAGGGGCCCCGGCCCCUGGCAGACAGUAGCGCCCCCGGCACCCCACGGCCCUGCCCAGGUUCAUGUCUCUGCUCCCACAGGUGUGUCCACGGGGACUGCGUGCCCCUCGACGCGCUCUCCUACAGCUGCCAGUGCCGCGACGGGUACCGCGGCGCCCUGUGCAGCCAGCCGGGGGAGCUCGACAACCCCUGCAAGAGCCUGCCCUGCGUGCACGGGCACUGCCAGAUCUCGGCCCGGGGGGAGGCGUCCUGCGAGUGCCAGAGCGGCUACGCCGGCCAGCUGUGCGACCAAGAGUCGGAGUGCCGGGGCGAGCCGGUGCGGGAGCACCCCCAGGUGCAGCGGGGCUAUGCCAUCUGCCAGACCACGCGCCCCGUCUCCUGGGUGGAGUGCCGGGGCUCCUGCCAGGGCCAGGGCUGCUGCACAGGGCUGCGCCUCAAGCGGAGGAAGUUCACCUUCGAGUGCAGCGACGGCUCCUCCUUCGUGGAGGAGGUGGAGAAGGCCAGCAAGUGCGGCUGUGCCCGGUGCAUGUAGCAGCCGGCGGCGGGAGGCGGCAGAGCCGGGGCCCGCCGAGGAGAACGCCGCUAGAGACGGAGGGGCGGAGCCGCUGGAGGCACCGCCCAUGAGCCGGGACUCCCAAAGCCCGCGUCGCUGUCCGAGCAGGCCCCGCCCAGCCGCCCUGGAGCAGGGGCUGCCACGUGCCGUGAGCCACCACAGGACACCCGUGUAGAGAGGGAGGGUGUUUUAAAACUGCAGCUCCUCAAAUGUAUUUAUAGUGGGUGGGGACACGGGGAGCAGGCCCAGCCCCCGCCCUGUGUUUGCUUUCUCCGCUUUGUACAGCCCCAGACCCGCGCUGCCCCGCGCCCGCUCCCAGCCUGCAUAAAUUCCCGUGGGACGGGGGCUGCCAGGUCGGCCGAGGGACCGGGGGCCUGGCCGCGUGGGGGCUCCGAGCCUGCUGCCUUUGCCCAGGGGUGGCUGGACGCGCCUGGCUCAGCGGCCAGGCCAGUCCCGGCGGCGUGACGUUGGCUAUAACAGCAGCAGUGUCGGUUCGUGGGCAACGCAGGAGCCGUGGUGGCCAGAGACCUGGGCUCCCCCCGCCCCCCUCGCCAUGGGAGUGUUGAGUCCUGCGCUGUCCACAGGGCAUGAGCCACCCCUGUGCCAGGGUCCGUGUUUGGGCUGGAGGCCUGGCCACGUGCCCCAGGCAAACGCAGGGCGGCCGUGACGCUGGGCUG